ACGUCAUUUCGUCAGUAUAAAUAAGGCGGUAAAGUGUUGAAAUAAACAUUAAAAGCAUUUCAUUCGUAAAAGCUGAAACAACUCCAAUCAAAAUGUUCAAAUUUAUCUUUGUUCUCAUUGCUGCUUUGUUUGCCGUCAGCAUGGCUUCUCCUUCACCCUUGCCUGCUCCAGCACCCCGUCCAGUAGCUAGCCCUGAACCAGCUCCCCAAUUCUACACUCCUUACGCCUACAGCGCUGGUUACUACGCUUCUCCUUAUGCCUAUUAUGGUUAAAUGUCCGUUGUCUCCUUAACAUCAAGGGCAGCAAAGUAGUAGUCGUGUCGAAUAUUUGGGGAUUUAUCAGGCACAAAACACUGCUAUGGAUUACGGAUAUCGACUAUUAAGAACGCACAUACAAACAUAUAUGAUAUAAUUAAUAUGCACACGCUGGCAUAUAAAUUUUAUUGUAUAUUUUCUUGUUAUUAAGUUUUAUUUCUUCUUUCUAUCUAUCUUUUCUGUUGACUCUUUGAUAUUUUGUUUUAAUAAAAUUUUUGCAUUAAAAAUAGA